CCAACCUUCGCUUUAGGAUUAAGUCGGACAUUUCUUCGGUAACUCAGUGUUUGACCUUCUACCGAAAGUGCUUCCUGUCUGAAAUCCAUGGUUGCGAACAUGUCUUUAAUUAAGUUUUGUACACUGCCCAGGCUUCUAGCACGGUGUGUGUGCCCUGUGUUCCCGCGCCUCGGCCAGGCCUCUCUGCUCCACACUCAGCCUCCUCAGCUGAACUCCAACCGGACGUCGGUGGUGCGCUGCGGCCGGCAGAAGUAUGAGAGGGCGUUUCCUGUGAUUUUAGUGCGACCUGAUGGAGCAACAAUCAACAUUAAAUACAAAGAACCCAGACGCAUCCUGAUGAUGCCAGUCAACCUGUCCACUCUGUCUGAAGAGGAGCGUCGAGCUCGACAGAAAAAGAGAGCCGUGAAGAAGACGAAAGAACUAACAGCAGUCGACUAUGAGGACGACUUCACAGCAGACAAAUACAGCAAAUUCUGGAAGAAGAAAUGAUGAAAAGAAACAAAGAAACAAGACAUUGCAGAUCAGAAUAGAAGAUUUAAUUUGUCCAUAUAGUAUGUUGUGAUUGUAUUGUAUUAUUGCCCAAAAGGACUUGGUAUAAAAACAGAAAUGGCGGAACAGUGAAUCUUUCGUAUGGCAAAGAGACAUGUAGCAGGAACUCUGAAUCCUUACAGUCUCAACAACCUGCCGAAGCUGGAAUCCAUAACAAUGUUAAGUCAAUAAAUUGGUUUGAAGCUGUG